UAUUCUUUGAGAAAUAACAAAGAGUCACGCCAUGUUAUCUCCAAAUCUUCUUCAGCCAACUAAAUCAAGCUCAAGCAGGCAGAUGCUGAAGGAGAUGUCUGUGGUGACAGAAGAGAUGAAAGCAAAAGCUGAAGUUUAUCAUGGAGAUGAAACGUGCAGAGAGAAGUUCAUGCUUCUGUUAGCCGACAAUGGCUUGCCCGUUGGUCUCCUAACGAUUCACCAAGACAUUGAAGAAUGUGGGUACGUGAAAGAAUUAGGGUUUGUAUGGCUUAAACACAAGGAGAAAAGUGAGCACAGGUUUGAUAAUGUAGCUGUGUUGUUUGAUAUCGAAGUUACUGCCUAUUUUGAGCAAAACAGGAUCAAGAACCUGACCGGUGUCAAAGCCAAAGAGUUUCUGAUUUGGAUUUCAUUACGUGAAAUUUAUGUGAAUUAUGAUUCUCCAAAUGGGUCCAAUAUUACCUUCAAGACUCCUUCUGGUUUGUCCAAGUCUCUUCCCUUAUCCGUGUUCCAACUUCCAAGCCAGCCAUGAUUUGAACGAGGUGAAGAAGUCGAAGAAGAGGAGAAUCAGGAGGGAAAUUUGCGCAGUCAAUGUGUGAAAAAAAAAAGAAGAUAAUUGUGC